AGUACCUACAGGUUCUACUCCUUCUAGCAGCAUGAUGUCGAAUUGCCAAGUGAUUUAUUGGUUGGUUUUGGCUUCGGCUUGUCUCAUCAACGCCAAUAGCGUCGCCGACCGCUCUGAUGCAGAUGAUGAAGGGGUCGACGAAAUUAUUGGUGGUACAACCGUUGCCAGGGGGCAGCAUCAAUACAUGGCUUAUUUGAGGAGUUUCUACGCUUCCUGGCCACCAGGGUCGUAUGGAGGGUGUGGAGGUACAGUGAUUACCAACCGAUACAUUCUAACUGCAGCUCACUGCGUUCAAGACCAUAAAACCGGUGAAAUAGCCAACAAAGUGGAAGUCCGUCUGAAAGUCUACACCAUCAGACCGAUGGACUCGGGUGCGAAACUGAUCACCGUGACCGGAUCAGAUAUCAAACCUCACCCCCUAUUUUAUAGAAACGGAGUGCCCAACUCUAUCUAUGACAUUGCCCUCAUCAAACUGACCGCCGAUCUCCCGACGUCUGACUAUUACCUGAUCGGGAACCUCUACAUGCCGGGAGUGGACCAGACCUAUGUGACAGCUGUUGGAUGGGGAUAUACCAGCAGUACUGGUCCUGGUUCAUCAACGCUGAAGCAAGUUAGCUUCCGGAUCGGAACCAAUGACGAAUGUAAAAACUUUUGGGGCGUUAGAUACAACCACGAAUUUCAACUGUGUGGUGUUGUUCCGGGCAAAUCUGUUUGCAGUGGAGACAGCGGCGGUCCCAUCGUUCGAUACAGCAGCGCCUAUCAAACGUACAGCCAGGUUGGAAUCAGCAGUUUCGUACCGACCUCCAAUGGACAAGCUGCUUGCGAAAUGGGUUAUGCAGUUUUCACCCGACCCUCCGCUCAUCUUGGCUGGAUUAACGCAAAUAGCUGCGGCGAGGGUGGAUUUUGCCCUCCCUUACUCUACGCUUGAGCGAAGCCACUCCGCUGUCGACACAAUUUCCCUAUCUUGGUAUAAUAAUCCGUAAAAAAAAACCUUAUUUAGCUACAUUUUUCGUUAUUUUACAGUAAUUUGGUUUUGGCAAUAUACAUUUCUGCAGAGCAACUCGUUUCAUUUGUCCGUAUCAUAUUUACUCUGUUGAUGAUAUCGGCCGGUUCUAAUUCGGUUCAGCAUUUAUCGAAAUGUAUACAUGUGGAUUCACAAAAACAGUUGUUAUCAGUCCGAUGGAUGCCUUUUAUAUGGGGUGCCGUUUUUCCCUUUAUACAACAUAUCUAUCGUUUAAUUUAUUUCAACUCCGUGUCAUCAUUAAACAUAUAAAUUUGCAUUGAUAUAUUAUUAAACCUACCAAUUCAUACUUUGA